GCAUUUCCAAGAAAAGAUGGGGCAGCAGGAAGCGGGAAAGAGACGGACAUUCAGGCGGUAGUAAUCGACAAGGACAAUUGUUUUGCUGUUCCGCAUACUAAUGAGGUGUACAAGUCUUAUCAGGUAGGGCAAGCCCCAGAUGUUACCUAUAAGUCUUCGCUACAGCUCCAUCGUUUUACGUCUCGGCAUAGUCUCAUACGUACUGAAUGUCUAUACGUUACCAUUCUUUUCAUCCAAUCUUACCUUGCAGUCUGUUCCAUCCAAGGAGUUUGUCUGACCAAUGCCGCAGGACCACUUCCAACGUCUUAAGCAUGCUUACCCCGGCUCAAAAUUACUCAUAGUAUCCAACACAGCAGGCACGGACUCCGAUAAGGACCAGAAAGAAUCAGUGUUGCUGGAAGCUAACACUGGUGUAAAAGUCCUCCGGCAUUCCACGAAGAAGCCUGGCUGCAAAGAAGAAGUUAUGGCUUACUUUAAGGCGCAUCCGGAUUCUGGUGUAACAAGGCCUGAUCAGAUUGCAGUCGUCGGCGAUCGCCUAUCCACUGAUAUCAUGAUGGCGAACAUGAUGGGUAGCUACGGAGUUUGGGUCAGAGAUGGGGUGACGCCACCUGGGUUUGUUUGCAAGAAUGGAAGAUCGGUUACAAGGCUUCCUCUUUCGACGAGGAUAUUGUGCGCCCGAUCCAAGACGUCAGAAUCACUUCGAGUAGUCGGUAUGCUUGUAUAAUAUGUACAUUGUAUCUAUGCAACAUGUGGUUGCGUUCUUGUCUCAUCCAGCCACACUAACUGAAGUACUAACAUACCUUAAUGAAAUCUUUGAACGAGCC